UCAAGCAGCAACCAGGACACUCACCAACACAGACAGAGCCUCCCAUCCAGCACGGACCAGCGCAGCUCUUGUAUGACCGUACUGUUCACCUCAAGGACAUCCGCAGACUACAUCUCCGACGCAAUUUGGAAGAACCUGCUUUAAGUAUCCCAGCAACAUCAUGCUCACUUCUCAUCUCAACAUGCUGCUCAAGACAGCCACAGGGCUCCGUCUCCCAGCAACACGACGGGCCCUGGCAACUGCAACAGGAGCCUUCCCAGAAGACCACGCCAACUACAUCCAUCCACGUCAAUUUGCUCAAAAACCAGUUGCAAAGCAUGACCUGGCCACCUUCACCAUCAAGGACGGACCUGUCUUCAAGGGCACUUCAUUCGGUGCAAAGCGAAAUAUCUCUGGUGAAGCAGUUUUCACAACUUCCGUCGUGGGAUACCCGGAAUCCAUGACGGAUCCCUCGUAUCGCGGCCAGAUCCUCGUUUUUACACAACCCUUGAUUGGUAAUUAUGGUGUUCCCUCUGGUGAAGCACGCGAUGAGCACAACUUGCUCAAAUACUUUGAGUCGGGUCGUAUUCAGGCAGCGGGAAUCAUCUGUUCUGAUUUCGCUACAAAGUACUCACACUGGACGGCUGUGGAGUCGUUGUCUGCUUGGUGCUCGCGUGAAGGUGUCCCAGCCGUUUCUGGCGUUGAUACACGCGCUAUUGUCACGUAUCUGCGAGAACAAGGAAGUUCCCUUGCCAAGAUUAAUGUGGGUGAGGAGUACGAUGCAGAGGAUGAUGAUGCUUUCAUGGAUCCGGCUGCCAUCAACUUGGUGCGUAAAGUCUCCACCAAGCAUCCUUACCACAUUGCUGCUGGUGGUAAAGAGCAUAUUGCCUUGAUUGACUGCGGUGUCAAGGAAAACAUUCUGCGAUGCCUGGCUGCUCGUGGUGCCGAUGUCACUGUCUUCCCAUUCGACUAUCCCAUUCAAAAGGUCAUCAACAAGUUUGAUGGCUUGUUCCUGUCGAAUGGUCCUGGUGAUCCUACACACUGCGAUGCAACCGUGUAUAACCUGCGCAAAACCAUGGAAGUCUUUGACGGCCCCAUCUUUGGCAUCUGUCUAGGUCAUCAAUUGCUCGCCCUCGCUGCAGGUGGCAAGACCAUCAAGCUCAAGUAUGGAAAUCGCGCACACAACAUCCCUUGUCUCAAUACCGUAACGGGUGAAUGCUCCAUCACGUCGCAGAAUCAUGGAUACGCAGUGGAUGUCAAGACCUUGCCACAGGGUUGGAAGGAGUCAUUCAUCAAUUUGAAUGAUCAGAGCAAUGAAGGCAUCAUGCAUGAGACGCGACCGAUUGCCAGUGUUCAAUUCCACCCAGAAGCAAAAGGUGGUCCGUCUGAUCCGGCAUACUUGUUUGAUAACUUUAUUGACCAAGUCAAGCGAUACACAGAGGGAAAGACACCUGAGCCCAAAUUCGCUGCUUAGACGCAUUCUAUAGAUGAACAAUGCUAUCCUUAACAAUCAUACAGGAGAGAUCUAGUCCUUGUAUUUCUUUGUCGGUGCAGCGGCAGCCGGUGCACUCAUCGGUUCUGUAGCAGACCCUGUUGCACUAGCAGAACCAGGUACCCCGCCUUCCAUCAUGCGAUUCGCCCGUUCAUACGCAUACUUUGCAUCUUCUUGCACUUUUGUACCAAGUCCCACUGCGUACUUUUUCGCAUCUUCAGCAAAUCCUGGAUCAUUGAGUCGCUCAACAGUAGGCGCAAUCACAUUCGCUUGGACCGUCUUGGCUGUAGAUGCAACAGACUUGCUCAACCAACCCCAACCACGAGAGAGUGUUGCGAGUGGAUCAUCGAGUGGUGCAGGUAUACCAUCCUCCGUCAACGCAUCCAGCGCGCGUCUCCCAGAUUUAAGAUGUUCAUCAUCGUCUGCAGCGCCAGAUGAUCCAAAUCCAACAUACUUG